AGAUGAGCCGUGGGGGAGAGACGCAGAGUAAUCUCUUGGAGGGGAAAGAGAGAAAGAUCCCGGCAGCCCGCUGGCUCGGACAUUAGAGCUUUAUUCUCCCCACGUUGCCAGGGCGGACGAGUAAGUGGGCGCACAUCCUAGAUGUCACGCAAAAACUAGUUCCACUGAUUUAUCUGUGGCUGACUGAUUGGCUGCUUUGGGGGGUCACCAAAUGCGCCCUGAGCGCACGACAUGAGGGAGGAGAGCGGCAGAGCGCACCGACUCCCCAAGAGUUAACAGUGUGUUAACGGCGUCAGAGUAUGUCGGGAUGUGAGCUGAACUUGUGGUAGAAUGGCACCUCAUCUCACAUGGGUCACCGAGGGAUGGCAGCUCUUCACCACCACCACCAUCACCAUCACCACCAUCCGAACGCGGACCUGCGGCGGCUCUUCCACCGGCUCACCAUCGCCUCGUCUCUGAGCAUCCUCUGCUUCUCCCUGGUCUACCUCCUCACCGGAUGCUGCGAGUCGGAACUGACAGAAAACUCUGAAAUCCGGACACCCACGCGGGAAUUCGUCGCGUCGGGGUCAGGAUGGCCGAACGACAGAAACGGAACCAGCUUUGCCCAUGAGGGUGUCGCCGCUGCUGGCGAAGGCGCGCUCAGUGAUCACCCCGGGCUGGAGGCGAACGGCUCGGGGAAAGAAUGGACAGCCACUCGGAGGUUGCCCCAGGCUCUGAUCAUAGGGGUAAAAAAGGGAGGCACCAGGGCUCUGCUGGAGUUUUUGCGACUCCACCCGGACAUCCGCGCCCUGGGGUCAGAGCCGCACUUCUUCGACCGGCAUUACGCACGGGGACUGGACUGGUACAGAAGUAUGAUGCCCAAAGCCCUGGAAGGCCAGAUUGUCAUGGAGAAGACGCCUCGUUACUUUGUUACCGCGGAAACGCCAGAGCGAGUCCACUCCAUGGCGCGGAACGUGAAGCUGAUCGUUGUUGUCCGUGACCCCGUGACCCGGGCCAUCUCUGACUACACGCAGAUCAUCUCCAAGACGCCCGACAUCCCUCCGUUUGAGAGCCUCGCCUUCAAGAACCGCAGCACAGGUCAGAUCGACUCUCUGUGGAGCCCGCUGUGGAUCGGCCUGUACGCCCAGCACCUGGAGCGUUGGCUGGCCUGGUUCCCCAGGUCUCAGAUCCACCUGGUCAGCGGCGAGAGGCUCAUCUCCGACCCCGCCGGAGAAGUGGGGAAAGUCCAGGACUUCCUGGGCCUCCAGAGGAUCGUCACGGACAAGCACUUCUACUUCAACAAAACAAAAGGCUUCCCGUGCCUGAAGAAGCCGGAGGGCAGCAGCAAACCUCACUGCCUGGGGAAGACGAAGGGGCGAACGCACGCCUCCAUUGACGCGGAGGUGAUGCGGAGACUGAGGGAUUUCUACAAGCCACAUAACCAGCGCUUCUAUCAGAUGGCAGGACAGGACUUUGGGUGGCAGUGACCCUUUGACUGUUUGAAACCAGUGGCUUUUGUUACAAGUUACACUGCUUUGGGUCGAAGCCAAGUGCGAAAUCUUCCAAUCCGACUGACGCACAUGCAAAGACCGGGAGUACAGAGGAUCC